AUGCGGUACUUCCAUAGCGACCUCGCCGUGCUUAACGCCGAACAGUACGACGAUGGGCGUGUGACAAAACGGCCCGGAUCGGGAGCUGCCCUGAAAGCCAAGGGGAGCGCUCGGGUACCCCCUAAAAAUGCUCCCAACCCGAAGAAACGCACGAGAAAGGCAUCGGGAGUUGAUGGCAAUGAGCCCUCUGAGGAGGGUAAGAGGGCCAGAGGCCGUCCACGGCUAGACCUCAAGGAUGAGGUAUCUGCGGAGCGGAGGAGAGCUCAGAUCCGAGACGCGCAGCGGGCGUAUCGUGAGCGAAAAGAAAUAUCGAUCGCAAGACUCGAGGCCGAAGUGGAGGCACUCAAGGACACGAAUAAAGAUGUCAAGACUGCAUAUCAGAAAAUCAUAGACUACGCGAACCGUCAUGGAAUAUUAGAACAGGCGCCUGAAUUCGGUCACCAGCUGCAACAGUUUCAGGCUCUGGUGGAAGGGAUCAUAGUCAAAGACCCAGAGGAAAACGAAGCCACACCAAUAAAAAGCUUGGAGGGAUCCCCACGAGAAAAGCGGACGGAAUGGAAGACCAGCACUACCGACAACAGACCCGAAGAACCCGUCACUCAGUCGACGUCGAAAGGUGACCACCAGGCGCAACCGCUACUGGGUGGCAUAGUUGUCUCGCACGAGCCUGUUCAACACCAGCUCCCCCAUGACCUCGCGCUGAACCUGGAUCCUUCGUUGAACGAUCCAGUUGAGUAUGAGAUCAUGGCAGCACCGACGUCGGAAAAUGCAAGCUUCAUCUCGAACCUAGCCUUCGAUACUAGUUUCAUGGACUCCCCAAACACCCCCUGGACACACUCACCAUGGAGCACGCUGCCGGCUCCACGGACUUUCUCGUUUGGCGAAUGGUCCUUCAGCCGCCGGCUCCACCGCUUCGCGAUAGAGAAGGCGGUGGGACUCCUAACGACCCAGAAUCCGCCCCCUGCCAGAAUGUCGCGCGUCUUCGGCUUUGUGAGGCUCUUCGAGACGAUCGAGGAGAUCCGGACGCGCACGAUAGCCACACUGGCGGCCAUGAACAGUGAGCCACUGAACGACUGGCGCCAACCGUUUCAUCACAUCGGUGCGUCCGGUACCCAUUUCAUCACCGGCAAGGACGGGGACAAGACGUACCCAGAUGCACCGCCGUAUCCGAGUACUGGUUACGGUAUGGGCCCCUUCGACGAGCGCACGAUGAACGUACGCAGUUCGCUGCUCGGCAUGUCGAACUAUCUCAAUAUUGACGGCAUGGGAGGUGACUGGUAUGACGCGUACGAUGUCGAGGCUUAUCUUGCGCGGAACGGAAUCAUCAUCCCUCCCACGGCUGAGAUUCAGACUGUUGAACUGCAACCAGGUGAUUUCUUGUAUGGGCAGCAUGUGCAGACGCCUUCGUCCGUCGGUGGAAACCCCUCGAGUGCUGCCCAUCUGGGUACCGAGAUGGGCCUGGGCAUGAACUCAUCCAGUGUACCGGCCCUGGCCCAACCCCUGAUGGGCUCCGCUGCGGCUGAAUACAUGUCGCCCGUAUCGAGCGGGGACGGUAUGUCGGUUUCGGCGUCGACACCGCCCAAUGCCUUCUCCAUGAGCACUGACAACUUCAUUGGCGUGGGUCUGCAGUCUGCCCCGGAGAGUGUGUCUGGUGUGGCUACGUUUGGCAACAACUCUCCAGCUUCGGACUUCGUGCCAAACGCAAAUUUUAUGUAUCCUUCACCGCACGGGUCCAUACCGGUUCCAGCUGCCGGCCCCGCGUCGAAAAGGGUGCUGUUGGACGUUGGCAAGUUUGUUCAUAUGUUGGUUUCGCGGGCGACAUGUAUGGGUCGUGCGCCGGCCUUCCGCCCCAUGGAUGUCGUGUCGGCGUUUUGGGAGUCUGUCGUCGCUGAGUAG